AUGUUGGAGACUCCGAAAAUAUUGGACCAAGACAACAUGAAUUAUGGCGGUAGUCGGGCGUUCAACUGGUUGGCUGACCUCAGUGGCCUAUCCGUUGAUUUGGUCAACUUCUUAAUAUGCCAAAUAUCCGCAAUCUUCCUGGCAUCGCUCUAUAGAUCGGCACUCCAUCCCUCCAAAGUAUCUUCCAACGUCCGACACAUCGUUGCACUUAGCAUUGGCUUGGUAUUUGGAUAUUUCUGUUUCGGACCACAAGCUAUACACAUCGCUGGUCUUCCGGCAGCAUGCUAUGUUGCCAUUCGUACGCAGAGCCCAAAAGUUGUCCAAAGGACGGUAAUGGUCGUAGCUAUGGCAUAUUUGUUAACAAUACACGUGUUGCGACAAAUUUAUGACGAUGGCUCCUGCUCCCUGGACAUAACGGGUCCUCUCAUGAUCAUUACGCAAAAAGUUACUAGUUUGGCAUUUAGCAUUCACGAUGGAUUUGUACGACAAACCAAGGAUUUAACCAAGGCACAGCAGUAUCAUGCGGUCAAAAAGUUGCCCACGGCAUUGGAGUAUUUUUCAUACGUUUUGAAUUUCCAAGGAUUAAUGGCUGGACCAUUGGUGUUCUAUAAGGACUACAUCGAUUUCAUUGAAGGCUAUAAUCUGAGACCUGCCGCAUCGUCCGAUAAGGGGAAAGCCGAAAUGGUUUUGGAACCGUCGCCUGUAAAAACAGUGGUCAAGAAAGUCAUCGGUAGCUUUAUAUGUGCAUUCAUUUUCAUGAGGUUUGUCAAAUUGUACCCGAUAAAAAAUCUAAAGGACGACGAUUUUGUUGAGAACACCACGAUCACAUACAAAAUUUGGUAUGCCAUGAUGGCUACCACUACAACUCGUUUUAAGUAUUAUCACGCAUGGCUAUUGGCCGAUGCUAUAGCAAAUAACUCAGGAUUAGGCUUUACGGGUUAUGACAAGGACGGCAACGCCAACUGGGAUCUCAUCUCUAAUAUAAACGUAUUUGGCUUCGAGUUCGCGACAAAUAUUCGUGAUGCCAUCAACAAUUGGAAUUGUGGCACAAACAGAUGGUUGCGCACCAUAGUUUAUGAGCGCGUGCCCAAGAAAUACGGUACAAUUUUAACAUUUGCUUUGAGUGCGGUGUGGCACGGUUUCUACCCAGGCUAUUAUUUAACUUUUGCAACUGGUGCUUUAAUGGUGACCUCUGCGCGUAUGGCUCGACGUAUGUUCCGCCAUCGAUUCCAGCAAACACGAAUGACGCGCAUGUUCUAUGACAUUCUUACGUGCCUAACAACUCGCAUAGUUAUGGGCUACACAACAUUCCCGUUUGUCCUGCUUGAAUUCAUGGGCAGUAUUCAAUUGUACCUGAAGUUUUAUUUGUGCCUUCACAUAAUCGCACUAACGACUAUUUAUGUUUUGCCGACAUUCAUACGCGGUGAAAAACGAUCGACUCAACAAACGCAAAGAGCCACUAAAAUCUCUGAAACUUCAGAGACGAAGGAGCCUUUCAGAGUGGCAGCAAACGAUGUUUUGUGCAAAUCGAACAGCCAGUCCAAUGAGGAUCAUCAACUUAUGGAAGCUGCCCUAGUGUCGUCCCAAAAUACCUACAUGUCAGAACAAAGCAAUAUUAUACCUCAAUGCAGCGACAUCAGCAAACCGCCCCAGCUACCUAUUGUUGCUCCAGCCAGGGAAGCCAUUUCCGUUCCUCAUGAUCAGUGCGAAAUGGAUCAGCUGUCGACUAAAUUAAUGGAGAAGAUUGAAGCAGAGACAAAGAACAUUGAAGAAUUUAUAGACAAGACAGUAACAGAAACGGUAACAGGAAUCGUCGAGUUCAAAAAGGAUUUGAUGCGGGACUCUCUUCCCAGUGGGUUACGAAAACGUACAUCCCUGGCUUCUACAAUGAGCGAUGUUGUAGCUGGAGCCACCUGCAAGCCUCAGACCGAGGAAGGUGCUGCCUUCUUGAAAAAGGAAAUCGAAGUUAUCAAUGCCGUCGUACAACAGGCUAAUGUGUUGCCAGCAGUCCUUAGCAAUGGCCAUGCAAAAUAGUAGUGG